UCCUCAUUGGCAGCUCAGACCCCAAGAAAACGAAGCGCAAUAAACAAAGGAAUGUCUGUAUCGACUCCGGCCGCUAUGCAUGUGGCAUUGGAUCCUCUGAGGCCACAUACAACAAGCAAGCUGUGGACAUGGACCUUGGACUUCCUCGUGAUGGGAUCUCCAAAGUUCACAGUUUCGAGCAAGGACAAUUCCCAGGACCUCUUUAAGGAUCAGAAACGUGUUAUACAGAACGUCGGGAUUAACACCAGAGACUUCCGCGUGGACCUUGUGGGAUGGUCCGACUAUGUAAAUACGGCGCGUUUGCAUCUGCGUUAUUUUGCGUUUCGUUUGUAUGUUAAAAAAAAAAUGUAUGCUGAAGGGAGUCUAUUGUGAGAGGUUGGAAUGAGAAUUCUGAAGAAGAAAAAAAAGUGUUCAUCUUACGUUGAGAAGUUAUUUUUGUUUAUGCUUUUCUUUACCAAAAUAGCGUGUGUGUGUUUUAAAUAUAAGUUGUAUGUGUUAUAGGUAUUAUUAUAUAGAGACCGA